AUGCUGCGCUUUGGCUGCAGUCACCUAGUGAAUCCAGGUGUAAACCCAUCUCCACAUGUCCACCAGGUAGUCGGAGGCAAUGCCUUUGGUGCAUCUAUGCCAACAGAUGACAUAUCAAAACAUUCAACCUGCACCACCUGCAGCUUCAACCAAGACUUCUCAAACUAUUGGACGGCGAACCUGUACUUCAAGGCCCGCAAUGGAACCUACAAGCGUGUGCCUCAAAUCCCAAACCAGGCAGUCAGCGGCCACAAUGGCGGCAUCACAGUCUACUACACUUCGCCUGGCGCGAAGCAGACGACUGCCUUCAAGCCGGGAUUUCGAAUGCUUGCUGGGGAGUCUACGAGACGCAACUCGACAGGCCUUGGAAAGAACAUGCAAAGUUGCUUCCGAUGCUACACGGGACCCAACUUCCAGGGAAACGUCUACUCACCUUGCUUUGAUCCUAAGCUAGAUACCGAGCACUUCCCCACAACGCCCUGCCUCGGCGGUAUCCGUACGAACAUCAUCUUUCCCCUAUGCUGGGACGGGAAAAACCUAGACAGCCCCAACCACAUGGACCACGUUGCCCACUCUACGGGCGGCCCUACAUCGUUCGCGGUUGUGAGCGGCAAAUGCCCGUCGACGCACCCCGUGAAGAUUCCACAGGUCCAUCUAGAGAUCAUGUGGGAUACAACAGCCUUCAACAACAAGGCAGAAUGGCCCGCGGACGGCAGCCAGCCCUUCGUCCUCAGCACCGGCGACAGCACCGGCUACGGACAGCACGCUGAUUACGUCUUCGGCUGGAAAGACAACACCCUGCAAAGUGCUAUGGACAACGCUUGUUUCGGCCCGACGUGCAAGUCGCUCACGACACAGGCGGACGCUAUCAGUGGCGCAUGUGCCGUCAAGAACAUGGUCGAUGAGACUACUGAAGGAUGGCUUGCGGAGCUUCCGGGUGGUGGCAUGGGGGUUUAAGAACCACGGCAGAAUUGCGAUAAGAGAUGAAGAGCUUGUUUAUUCCAAGUGAUGGAGGGGUUGAUUAUGAAUAGGUCUUUCGCUUUUUGUGAAGUUUCACUGCUUCUUCAGAUAUUUAUGUAACUGUUGUUGAUCUCGCUAAUACUUUCUUAAUUCACGUUUUGAUCGUUUCAUAAGUAAGAAGGCUGUACAAAUUAGUAUACGCUCAUGAUCGCUUAAUUCAGGUCACGGAAGACUUGAUAUCCUUUCGAGUCAUAUUAUCAUCAUGUGUUAUGGCUGCUGAGGUCAAUAUGGACACGUGAGUUGGCGUUUCACCCCUA